AAUUAUUACCAAACACCACCUCAUUGUCCAAUGUCCAUGACGCCUUUGGUCUUCUCUCACCUUCUAUAUAGACACUCUCCUCCUCUCUUUCUCCCCAAACUUCUCUCAUCUUCACCUAUUUUCUCUCUUCCCUCCAAUUCAAUGGCCACUUGCGUUGACACUUCAAGGACAGACACACCUCAACUUUCUCGCGAUCCCAACAGGUCCCAAAACGAUUCCUUCCACCAUUACAUGAAGUAUUGCAGAGAACCCAGUUUCCCUGACCAUGUUUCUUGCAAACCCAGUUUGAAGAAACAAACAAAUAACAUACAUACAGCCACAGUUGUUCAAGAUUUCAAGGAUGAGGAAGAAAAUAUAUGGGUCAAGAUGCAAGGAGAAGCAAAAUUAGAUCUUGAGAAAGAACCCAUUUUGUCGAGCUAUUACUAUAGUUCGAUUUUGUCUCAUCGAUCACUUGCAGGAGCCUUGGCGAAUCAUAUAUCGAUCAAGCUAAGCAAUUCUGGCCUUCCUAGUACUACUCUGUUUGAUAUUUUAUUAGGAGUUCUUGUAGAAAAUUCAGAGAUUAUUGUAGCAGUGAAGGAUGACUUAAUGGCGGUGAAAGAGAGAGACCCUGCUUGUAUAAGCUAUAUUCAUUGUUUCUUGAACUUUAAAGGGUUUCUGGCCUGUCAAGCACAUAGAAUUGCACAUAAGUUAUGGACACAAGGAAGGAAAAUCUUGGCACUUUUGAUACAAAACAGGGUAUCUGAAGUUUUCUCUGUGGAUAUCCAUCCGGGGGCGAAAAUCGGACGGGGGAUAUUGCUUGAUCAUGCAACAGGACUUGUGAUUGGAGAGACUGCUGUGAUUGGAGAUAAUGUUUCAAUUCUGCAUAAUGUGACUUUAGGAGGUACUGGUAAGAUGUCUGGGGAUAGACAUCCAAAGAUUGGAGAUGGGGUUUUGAUUGGUGCAGGUACUUGUAUUUUGGGGAAUAUUAAGAUUGGUGAUGGUGCCAAGAUUGGUGCUGGUUCAGUAGUGCUAAAGGAGGUUCCACCAAGAACUACUGCUGUAGGCAAUCCUGCUAGGCUUAUUGGAGGAAAAGAAAACCCAGUUAAAUUGGAUAAAAUUCCUAGUCUUACCAUGGACCAUACUUCACAUAUUUCGGACUGGUCUGAUUACGUUAUCUAGAGAAACCCAGGUUAUAUAUGCUUUUAUAACUUUUGUGUAAUUUAUGGAGCUUUGUGAUUGCGUUGUAAGUGAGAACUGAGGUUCUUCUAAUAAUAUGCAGUUUCUUACUUGUAUUAUCAUAUAAUAUGCAGCCCAGAGCGUCUUCUGUAAGAGUUUGGUAUAACGAUUAGACGAAGAUAAGAUUUGUACUUAGUCCGACCCCUCAUCAUCCUUAAUCUGUUGAAUUAAUUUAUGGACUUGGCAUAA